GUGGAACAAAGAAGCCUCGCCUUCUGUGCUUGCAAGAGAGGUUGAGAGUCCGGUCACGGCGAAGAUUUCCGAGGUUUCUGUUUCUGUUCGAGCUUAGCGACUGCGAUUUUAAUGAUUUGUCUUGGUGAUAGUUUAGGGCUUCUAUAGGCAGUUUGUUUGGUUUGGAGAGUGGUUUUGGUUGUGGUGAAGAUGGGAGGCGAUAAGGCGAUCAGUCUGGAGGAGAUUAAGAAUGAGUCUGUUGAUCUGGAACGAAUUCCAAUUGAGGAAGUUUUCGAGCAAUUGAAAUGUACCAAGGAAGGUUUAACCUCGGAGGAAGGGGCCAACAGGCUUCAAAUCUUCGGGCCCAACAAACUCGAAGAGAAAAAGGAAAGCAAACUUCUCAAAUUUUUGGGCUUUAUGUGGAACCCCUUAUCAUGGGUCAUGGAGGCCGCGGCUUUGAUGGCUAUUGCGUUAGCAAACGGUGGAGGGAAACCCCCAGAUUGGCAGGACUUCGUUGGUAUCGUUUGUUUGCUGGUGAUCAACUCCACUAUCAGUUUCAUAGAAGAAAAUAAUGCUGGUAAUGCCGCAGCAGCUCUGAUGGCUGGUCUUGCUCCAAAAACUAAGGUUCUUAGAGAUGGUCGAUGGAGUGAGCAGGACGCUUCAAUUCUUGUCCCAGGAGACAUCAUCAGCAUCAAGUUAGGAGAUAUCAUUCCUGCCGAUGCUCGUCUUCUAGAGGGUGAUCCUUUGAAGGUCGACCAAUCUGCUCUGACUGGAGAGUCCCUCCCUGUAACAAAAAACCCCUCCGACGAGGUGUUCUCUGGUUCCACUUGCAAACAGGGUGAGAUAGAGGCUGUCGUCAUUGCAACAGGUGUCCACACAUUCUUUGGAAAGGCAGCACAUCUGGUGGACAGCACAAAUCAAGUUGGGCACUUCCAGAAGGUGCUCACAGCAAUUGGUAAUUUCUGUAUUUGCUCCAUAGCUAUUGGAAUGAUAAUCGAAAUCAUCGUGAUGUACCCAAUUCAGCACCGCAAGUACAGGGACGGAAUUGACAAUCUGCUGGUUCUUUUGAUCGGAGGCAUUCCCAUUGCUAUGCCCACUGUUUUGUCCGUGACCAUGGCUAUUGGAUCUCACAGACUCUCUCAGCAGGGUGCUAUUACCAAGAGAAUGACUGCCAUUGAAGAGAUGGCAGGUAUGGAUGUGCUCUGUAGUGACAAGACGGGGACAUUGACCCUAAACAAGUUAAGCGUUGACAGAAGUCUUAUUGAGGUAUUUGCCAAGGGAGUGGAUAAAGAGCAUGUGAUCCUGCUUGCUGCAAGGGCAUCGAGAACUGAAAAUCAGGAUGCCAUUGAUGCUGCGAUCGUUGGCAUGCUUGCUGACCCGAAGGAGGCACGAGCUGGUAUUAGAGAGAUCCACUUUUUCCCAUUCAAUCCAGUGGACAAGAGGACUGCCUUGACCUAUAUUGAUGCUGAUGGCAACUGGCAUCGUGCUAGUAAAGGUGCUCCUGAGCAGAUUGUGACCCUUUGCAACUGCAAGGAGGAUGUUAGAAAGAAGGUUCAUAUGGUAAUAGAUAAAUUUGCUGAACGUGGUUUGCGGUCAUUGGCUGUUGCAAGACAGGAAGUGCCUGAGAGGACAAAGGAAAGCCCAGGGGCCCCAUGGCAAUUUGUUGGUCUCUUACCUCUCUUCGAUCCCCCUAGGCAUGACAGUGCAGAAACCAUCCGUAGGGCUCUCAACCUUGGUGUCAAUGUGAAGAUGAUUACUGGGGAUCAGCUUGCCAUUGCUAAGGAGACUGGACGGAGGCUUGGAAUGGGAACAAACAUGUAUCCUUCCUCUUCAUUGCUUGGCCAAAACAAAGAUGCCUCUAUUGCAGAGCUUCCUGUAGAUGAGUUGAUUGAGAAGGCUGAUGGAUUUGCAGGAGUAUUUCCAGAGCAUAAAUAUGAAAUUGUAAGGAAGUUACAGGAGAAGAAACAUAUUUGUGGAAUGACUGGAGAUGGAGUGAAUGAUGCUCCUGCACUGAAGAAGGCUGACAUUGGAAUUGCUGUUGCUGAUGCUACUGAUGCUGCUAGAGGUGCUUCUGAUAUAGUUCUCACAGAACCUGGGCUGAGUGUUAUAAUCAGUGCUGUGCUCACCAGCAGAGCUAUUUUCCAAAGAAUGAAGAAUUACACUAUAUAUGCAGUUUCAAUCACAAUUCGUAUUGUGUUCGGGUUUAUGCUUAUUGCUUUGAUAUGGAAGUUUGAUUUUGCCCCUUUCAUGGUUCUUAUCAUUGCCAUUCUAAAUGAUGGAACUAUCAUGACAAUCUCAAAAGAUAGAGUGAAGCCAUCUCCACAACCUGAUAGCUGGAAACUGAAAGAAAUUUUUGCAACUGGUAUUGUGCUUGGAGGUUACUUGGCAUUGAUGACAGUGGUAUUCUUCUGGGCUAUGCAUGAUACUGACUUUUUCUCGGACAAAUUCAAUGUAAGAUCAUUGAGGAAUAGUCCUCAUGAGCAGAUGGCUGCAUUAUACUUGCAAGUGAGUAUCAUUAGCCAGGCCCUUAUUUUUGUCACUCGGUCACGCAGCUGGUCAUUUGCUGAACGUCCUGGACUGCUCCUAGUGAGUGCCUUCAUAAUUGCUCAACUGGUGGCAACUCUGAUUGCAGUCUAUGCCAACUGGGGUUUCUCAAGGAUAAAGGGAAUUGGUUGGGGUUGGGCUGGAGUAAUCUGGCUUUACACUAUUGUCUCCUAUGUCCCACUUGAUAUCAUCAAAUUCUUUAUCCGCUAUGUCCUCAGUGGAAAAGCUUGGGAUAACCUGCUUGAAAACAAGACUGCCUUCACUACCAAGAAAGACUAUGGAAAAGAGGAAAGAGAAGCCCAAUGGGCCCUUGCACAGAGGACUCUACAUGGUCUUCAACCUCCAGAAACCAGUAACCUCUUCAAUGACAAGAGCAGCUACAGGGAACUCUCUGAGAUUGCUGAGCAGGCCAAGAGACGAGCUGAGGUUGCAAGGCUUCGGGAGCUGCAUACACUCAAAGGACAUGUUGAGUCGGUGGUGAAGCUCAAAGGGCUGGACAUUGAUACGAUUCAACAGCAUUAUACAGUCUAAUUAAGCAAAAGUAACUUGGUAAGCGAGGAAGCCUCAGGUUCCCUACCCAAUGUUCCCCUACGACUAUAUUCGAAGAAAAGAAAAUGAAGGCCUAACUAGUAGAGCGUUUUAUAGAUAGAGAGAUGUUGGCUUGCUGUAAUUCUUGUCACAGUCUACUUUUCUUUCCAUCUAUUUUAUAUGCCAGAGGAAAGGCCUGUCUGAUUUCUUUUCCUGAUGUAAGGGCAAAAUAACACCUCCCACCCUCAACAGUUUCCUGUUCCUUACCUUUUUCUUCCUUGCCAGUGUUCAUGUUAUGGUUGCUCUCUCAAGAGAGACUAAUUCGGUUUUGUCACCUUUGGAAAGGUCAAACUCCAAUCAGGAUGGGAAUUGUAACUUCCUAAACUAUGAUGAUGAAUGCAGAGUUUUAUUUGCUAUCA